UUGAUUGCCUCUCUAAGCAAGAACAGUACUAUGGGAGAGUGUAGCGACAAGAAAAAUGUAAAUUUAUCCACGGCUGGUUCCAGUAGUUUAAAUUUUAAAGAAAAUUUCGAUCAAAAACUUGCUGAAUAUGACCGACAGCAUCAAGGAUCUCAUCGAAAAGCAUGGACAUCCGGAAGAAUUUUAGAGGUUAUAAACGAUAUAAAAAGAGCUAGGGUGCCCAUGAGUUCAGGACAGCGAAGGACGGCUAUGGAUUAUUAUUGGAUGAAGAAAUACGAUAUUAUGACGAAUGCCAACGAAGACUGUUUAAUUUUUAAACGACUCACAUCCACUGCUCCCGCGAUACGAAUUUUACCCAGAGAACAGUACUUUGAUGUCUUAUCAGAUAUACACACAUCAUGUGGCCAUGGUGGACGAGAUAAAAUACUGUUCAAUAUAAAAAAUAAAUACUACAUUCCUAAGAAGGCAGUCGAAAUUUUUGUGUCACUUUGUCCUACAUGUGAAAAUAAAAGAGAUGCUCCAAUAAAAGCAACUGUAGCGAAACCCAUCGUCUCACGUGAUUUUAAUUUGAGAGGAGACGUCUAUAUUAUGGAUUUUCAGUACAUUGCCGAUGGAGAGUUUAAAUGGCUUUUAAACUAUCAAGAUAACGCAACCAAAUUUAUAAAUCUGCGUCCACUUAAAACAAUAGAACCCGUUGAGGUAGCUUCUGAGUUGUUAAAAAUUUUCUUAACAUUCGGGGCACCCUAUGUUUUACAAUCAGACAAUGGCAAUGAUUUCACAGCAAAUCUAAUAAAAGAAUUAAUUGAAAUGUGGCCUGAGUGUAAAAUUAUACAUGGGAAUUUGCGUUGUCCUCAAACUCAAGCUAGCAACGAUAGCAAACAUGACGUGGAAAAUAUGCUUCGAACCUGGAUGAGUAAAAACGUAUCAACGAACUGGGCAGCUGGAUGCUUUUUCGUGCAAUAUACAAUAAAUACUUCAUGCCAUCAAAAAAUUGGAACAUCUCCAUAUAAAGCUUUAUUUGGGAAUCAACCAAAAUCAGGAUUAAAAGGAUCUGACAUACCAACGUCCAUACUUUUAAAUACAGAAGCAGAAGAACAAUUAAAAAGAAACACCGAGCGAGAACCAAGUGAAGGUACAAAUAGUGACCAUGGCAACAAUGACAAUAAUUCUAAACCCGAAUUAAAGGAUACUGAACAUUAUAAGUUAAACGUCACUUGUGCAGUAUGCCAUAAUAAUAUAACUGGAGCUUAUAAAUGUGAGUCGUGUAAUAAUGUUGUUCGUGCAAUAAGUGUUGGUGAAGAGGAUUUCAGUUCCAAAAUUGUGGGCAUCAAGCGUGAGAUUGAACAAGAUAUAAAGAUAGAAUACGAUAAAAAAUAUAGUGGACGUAAACGUCCAGCCGAAGAAAUUAUCGACAAUAAUAUUAAAAAAUGCCCAAGUUAAACUUGGGUAUUGAUUAAGUUGGAACUAAUUGUGAAACUAUUUCAAACUGGUUUUGAAACCAAGAAAUACAUUUACCUUUAUGGCUACGAAAUUAUACAGAGUCCCGUUUGUGGCAGAUUUACUUAACUAUACCUUUGCAAAGUUUAGGUAGCCAGAGAUUUAGUAGCUGCAAGCCUAUUUGGUGUUAGAGAUUAAUUAAUAGAUGUUAACAAUAUUCAAUUGUGGCUAGAAAAGCCAUGGAAGUUAAACUUGCGAUAACAGAUAAUAUUUUUAUUACUUAUUACUUACUCUUACUUAAACUUUUAGUUAUACUUUUUGAUCUCAUGAUUACGGAAAAAUGAAUAUAUUUUAAU